AUGGAGGCCUAUUUGCGGCAGCAGCUGCAGGAGAAUGCAGAGCUCCAGGCCGACAGAACUGCACGGAGGCGAGCGCGCGAGGAGGGCAGCGUGAAGCACUUCGACCCCGACAGUGCCGGUGCGGAACUCUGCUUCCACGAGGCUGUGCGGAAAGACCCGCAAAAUGCCGAGGCCCACUGGCAAUUGGGCUUUGCGCUGCUGGAGCAGGGUAAGUUCCGGCAAGCCGCCGGCUCCUUGAAGGAAGCCCUUCGCCUCGGAAAAUCGGAGGUUGCUCGGAGCCACGUCGCAUUGGGCGAGAUCUACCUGGACCACCUUUGCAACUACACCCAGGCGGAGUGUCAUCUGCGCUCAGCGUUGGAGCUACGGCCUGGAGAUGCAUACCUGGCAAGACGAUCCAGAGAGGCGAAGAAGCAGCUGGACGAGGAGAAGGCGUGGAAGGAGGAGGUUGAAGGUGCUGACGAGGUCGAGGCGGCAGGAGUAGAACAAGCUGGCAGUUCGCAAGGCCCCAGUUCGGGGAGCCGCAGCGGCACGGCGCAGAUCGCCGCGCAGCCCCAGGAGUUGGAGCCGGAGCAUAUAGAGACUCGGCACUUCGACGGUAGCAGUGCCGGUGCGGAGAACUGCUUCCGCGACGUUGUGCAGAAAGACCCGCAAAAUGCCGAGGCCCAUUGGCAAUUGGGUUUUGCGCUGCUGGAGCAGGGUAAGUUCCGGCAAGCCGCCGACUCCUUGGAGGAAGCCCUUCGCCUCGGAAAAUCGGAGGUUGCUCGGAGCCACGUCGCAUUGGGCGAGAUCUACCUGGACCACCUUUGCAACUACACCCAGGCGGAGUGUCAUCUGCGCUCAGCGUUGGAGCUACGGCCUGGAGAUGCAUACCUGGCAAGACGAUCCAGAGAGGCGAAGAAGCAGCUGGACGAGGAGAAGGCGUGGAAGGAGGAGGUUGAAGGUGCUGACGAGGCGGCAGGAGCAGGACAAGCUGCCAGUUCGGAAGCCCCAGGCUCCACUGUGCAGAACGACAGCGGCGCAGAGCAGCUUGCGGCGCAGCCCCAGGAGUUGGGGCGCUUAGACUCCCGUGCAAACGAUGCGUUCGCGCAGUUCAUGCUUGCUGGCAUGAUGUGGCAAGUCGGAGACCUGGAGGACGCUCUUCCUAGAGCCAGAAGGGCAACACAGCUGGAGCCGGGGAACGCGACUUACCAUAACUUCCUUGGAGACAUACAUCGCGGCCUCGGAAAUUUGGACCAUGCUAGGGAGAGCUUUCAAGAGGCCAUUCAGCUCAUGCAACAGAAGCUGACGAUGUUCGAGGUUGAGGGGGCCUCGAACAAUGCAUCGCGCGUGUGGAGUGGCCAGGGACUGGCCAUGAAGGUGCGUCGGCCAUUGCGCGUCGUUCAUACCGAGGAGUCCACCUUCCGAAUGCGGGCGGCCUUGGUACCGGAGGCUGUGGAUGCGCAGAGAUGGCCGAAGCAAUCCUUGCUGGAAUCCAACCUGGCCUCCCUCGAAGUGCCUCUGCAGGGCAGAGCAAGCAGAGCUUUGCCCAAACAACAGUGGUCGGAGAUGAGUCACGGAUCGGCAGCCUCGACAUCGAAGGAGGUCAAGCCUGUAGAAGAGGUGUCCUUCUUGCCAGCUGAUCAUGAGACAACGACAGAGGAACAAGCUGCCCUCUUGGCAUCUCUAGGUGCGGCCUCGUCCUCGGACCCCUCCCGGAGAUUCGCAUCCCAGCAUACCACAAUAUCUGACCGUGUGGACGGCAUUGUUGUGAAACUGGGCAAAGGCGACAUUGCGCAGAUCCACGACGAUAUCCUCAUGGUGACACCGCCCCAUGUACGUGCUCAUUUCAAGAUCAUUGAUUCCGACCUGCCGCUACCUACAAACGUGGUAGCGUUCAGUCCCAUCCUGCAGCUUUUGCCACAUGGAUUUGCUUUCGCAGAGGAACCUGUGUUACUCAUAAUGCGUGUCUGUGCUGGUGCUCAAGCAGCAUGGCGAUCAUCACCUGAAGGUGGCUGGAAGCCCGUGCCAGAAGUGGACUUCUAUCCAGGGUAUGCUGUCAUCAAGCUUCGCCACUUCUGUGAGCUAUUUCUAGGCACAGAUGGGACCGCAGAGCCCAGGCCAACAGGGAUCAUGGUGCAUGGCUUCGUGGACGAAGGUAUGCAGAUGGCCAGAUGUGCUGUUUCCCAUGAGAAUUGCCCAGCUUGCGAUACGCAGCUCUCGCAAAUUGCGCCCCAGCUUCUGAGAGAUUAUGAAGUUUGUGCGCCACCACGCUAUAUAGGGGAGUACAGCGAUGGAGACGGCCUCGCGAUUUCUCAGGGGAGUCUAGAGGAGCCGUUGAAUUUGCACUUCAAUCGGCUUCCGCUGGUUACCAACAAGCCGUUCGUAUCGCAGGCUGCGCGUUUCGAGGUGAGCAUCGCCAGCGAAGACCUCGAAUUUUGUGCCUUGCGAUUGCAAGACUCAAGCUUGCCAUCAGCACCACCAGAGCCGACAGUGCCGUAUCGGUAUUUGCACGUGAUACUGCCAGCAGACUGUGGGCUGAAGGUGUUCAACAUAUCGAGCGAAGAGGAACUCAUGGAAGAUCUGGCGGUCGAAGUCACACUGGGCGGCGCGCAGCUGAAGCUGCCCUCGCAGAUGCUCCAACAAGCCCAGCUGGCCGCAGGGGAGUGGAUCGAUAUCAGAAACACUCACGCAGUCUGCAUCAAGGUUGUGCCCCCACCUCCGCAAAGCGAAGAUUCAGAUUUCAUGCCACCUGCAGCACCACCUCUUCCAUCACAAAGGAUUCAUCUUAUGUUCUCUGGACGGUUUACGAAAGAUGCCACUGUGGUCUACAUGAAGCGAGUCAAAGAGUUGCUAGAUGAGGCAGAUGUUCCAACAUUCAUGGUCGAGACGCUUGGACACGGAGACAGCUUUGGCCCACAGACCGCUGUCGGACUGUAUCAAGCCAAAGCAUUGCUUGCCUUUUGUACAGAUGACUACGGCGAGGUCACCGGGGCCAGAUACGAGACAUAUGUUGAGCUUGAAUACGCACACCAAAAUUCUCUGAAGAUUUUGCCGGUCCAGCUGUGCGACGAUUUCCCACCAAAGCCGAAGGGCCCGAUGGAAGGCCCGGCCCUAAACUCUCUGGUUUUGCGGAGGGAUUUGAUACGUGCCAUUGACAUUGGCAUGGAGAAUGCGAACAGAGUUGCUACUGAAAUUGGCAAGACUUGGCGCGACUGGCUGCAGGACGUCUGA